AUGACAGGCGACAUCUCCAUGCCGUGUAGCACCGAUGAAGGCGCCUUUAUGCCAGAGAUCCGUGUCGUGGUGCUGGGGGACCCCAGGGUCGGCAAGACAGCGUUGCUGCGGCAGUACCUCCACCAUGAGAAGCCUUCCCGGUCGGUCGGUUAUGAAUCAACGCUGCUAGACUCUUACACCCGCGUCGACUACUGUGGUGCGCAGCCGUAUCGACUGAUCUUCACAGACUGCAGCAGCGCCUCAUCCUUUCGCGAGCAUCGCGCUGCAUAUUUGGCCAAGUGCGACGUCGUCAUUCUGGUCUACUCGGUGCGCCAUCGCAAGACGCUGCUGAAUUUGCGCCACUGGAUGGAGGAGGUGCUCGAGGCACGCGGCUUGACGGGGUCGGCGCGGGGUGCCUCCACCACCGACUUAGGCGAGGUACCCAUCUUCGUUGUAGGAACACACUAUGGGGAAAAUGACUCAUCGGAGGCGACGAACCCGACAAGCACGGAUGAGGCGGAGAGCAUCACUAAGGAGUGCAUCCAUUCCGCCGGCUAUUUCGUCCACCGGGACGACACCGACACGGAGGAGGCACUCCGCUUGAAUUCAGAGCGGUCACAGAAAGCUCAACAACGACAUCAGCGACAGGGGCGAAAGGAGAGACGCUCUCCUCGCACUUUCCACGACUUAUUGUUGAAACUCUUCCACAGCAACGCGGACGGCGAGGGCAGAGACGCGGUAACCUCGAAGAUGACAUUGUCAGACGAGGUGACGGCUUCUCAGAAGCAGCAGCAACAGCCAGCAUCUCCCGUCAGCAACAACGGCUGUUUUUCGUCAGCGUCAUCGACUCCGAUGCUGCCGCAGGUCAAAUACGGCAUGGCCAACAGCAAAACCAAGCCGGGCAAUCGCACAGCAACGCUGCGUAUCCCUCGCGGCGCGUCGACACGCUUGCCGCUCUUUCAGCUCUCCAACCUAGAUGGCAAAGCGGUAGACAUGGCAGUGCGCGCUUCUCUUUCACUCCACCUUUGGCUUCAGCGACAUGAGGGCGACAGUGCGGCGCUAUCUGCGGCGCAGACUCCGCACAGCAACGGCGCGACUGCCUCGAAGCCCGAAGACGCUGCUGUGCAAAGUGCCCCGCCGCUCGAAAGCAGCACGGGUGCGGACGGUGGCGCCGGUGCCGCCACUGAGAGCACUAUCAAGCCGUUGACGGUGCUGCCUGCGACUCUGCAAGCACACGCCAUCUCGAGUGCCUUGCAUACGUCCGACGUUAGCGAGCGCUCUGGUGCGUCCUUCAUACCACCCAUGGUUGCCUUGUACAACGUCGGUGCCAGUGUCUCUGCCUGUGGCGAGUCAGCGGCGAGCCCGACGCUCAGGCACAGUCGAGACGCUUCCAACGUGAAGCAGACGGCCGGCAGCGUGCCCUCGGAAGCGCAGCAGCCACCGCAGGCUAACAGCAGCACAGAGCCAUCACGUGAGACAGCCUUCUCCUGUGGUAACGGCAGCAGCGAAGUUACGGUAGGUGCAAAGAAUGAGGUAAAGCCAAGUGACCAGAAGGCCUUCGGUGAAGUCGGUAGCCAAGCCCUUGCGCGUCACGGCAAGAAGACAGAGUAUAGGACACUGUUGAAUUCAUCCAACGUCGAUUCGGCGGUGCACAAAGAGAAAAAGAAAGAUGAUGCAGCGCACUCUGGCCAUCUGCAGACGCCGAUGACCAAAAGGGCCGAGCUAGUGUCCUCAUCGGAGCUAGGCGGCACCGCGGUGUUGGGCGCAUCGAUACAGGCGGGUGAACCCACGAAGGGAAAGACUCCCAGCUGCCUUUCUCCACGGAACACAAGCUCGGCAGCAGCGCCUAACACAGGCUCCAGUGAGGCCAACGGCGUAACUGGUAAGAUGGGCGGCGGGCACUCGACCAUUUCCGGCCCCAGGAUGCAAGACGGUGCGUUGCCCUUAUCAACGGCCCCCAGCGUCGCUACGAAGCCGCGCGGAGACGCUGUCACAGACGGAGGUACCGGUGGCGUUUCGCAGCAGCCGACGUUGCGAGUGGAGAAGGAGAUGAACGUCGUGAAGGAAGGUGAUAGCGCCGGCACAAACAGCGGUGGCGACCGAUUGACAAGGACGGCUGAACCUGUAACCAAGUUGCCCCUGGUGCGCGAGUCCGAAAGCGGCCCCAGCUCACCUCCCGUGCUUCGACGGCCUAGGGAAAAUGGCAGCCCUGGGGUCUUCACAGUGCGCGCGGUGCCUAGAGAAGCGCCGGCUUCGUCAGCGCCAACAACCAACGGCCACGACAACGCCCCGUUCGCUGCGACGCUGUCCUCAGGGGACGAGUGCGUAUUAAGGUCUCCAUAUUCGACCCCGACCACAGGCGCAGGAGCAGUCAAGAAUGAGGUAGCCGGCAACAAAUCAGCGCAUGAGCGGGAGCCCGUGAUGCUGUCCCGGCCACCGCGAUCGAGGUCGACGGCGCGCGAACCGAAGGUAUCACAGUCGGAGCCCCGCCGGCCGCAGAAAAGCCGCCGGACGCAGUCGAAAAGGAGGAGGGACCGCAAGCAUGGGAAAAGGUCUGCCUCUUCGACCCGCAUAAUCAUCGGGCAGCAGGAGAAGCAAAAGACAACUCAGUGCCUCGCGGGCGGCUGCGUAGGCAUGUAA